AGAGAGACUUAUCAUCAUCAUCUUCUUCAUCAUGCUGAUCAUCAUCUCACUCGACUCACCAUCUUCCCUCUUUUUAUCAUUAUCUUGAUUCUUUCACCGGUAAUUCACAGAUGAGAAUCCAUCGUGAGAGAGACAAUGUUACAAUAGAAAAAACAAAUUUGUUCUAACGGUCAACUCGAUGAAACUCGAGGUACACCGAUGAUUAUUAAUUAUUUUCUCUGUGCACCAAUUAUCCAAGUCUAAUUGUUUAACUAAUUGCGUGAAAAUUAUGCACAAUUAAAUAAAUCACCGAUAAUGUUAAUCUGAUGUGAUUGAUUUAUCAGUUUUCUCAAAGUGAAUACAAUUUUUUAUUUAAAUUGUUUGUUCAUCUUUUGUGAAGUUUUUGUUUAAUCAACAAUUAAGUUGAUCCAAAUUGUUAAACAUGGUGAUGAUUAAGAUUACAAUUAGGUUUACAUUGUUACUUUUAAUUGUAUCCCUUUCAACAUUAGUGUUAUUAUCAGUUGAUUCAAUUGCUUCUGAUAAAUUGUUGUUAUCUUCAACUGUAAUUAAUGAUAACAAUUGUAACAAUUUAACUACAAUUACACCUAAUAAAAUCAAUGGACAAGCACAAAUCCAAUCACUUGAUAAUAAAUUAACGUCUCGUUCAACUGAUCAACCAUUUAACAAUUUAUCAUUAAGUGAACAACAAGCCAAGAUAAUUAAUCAAUUAACAAUAGUUAAAAGAGAUAUUAUCAAACAAGAGGAUGGUUUCAUUGAAGGACCAAGUUUUGUGACACUUCCCAUUGACUCAUCUACAUCAAAUGGACAAAUUGAUUUCUACAAUUCAACUGGAUUAACAUUAAACUGUAAAGCAAAUGGACUCCCAAGACCUACGAUUAAAUGGAUUAGAGGAUCAACAUCAUCUUCAUCAACUUCCUCCUCCUCAUCAUCAAAUAAUCCAAUGGAGUCAAUUAAUUAUCAUAUCGAUGUAGAUAAUGUAAUUGGACUAAGAUACAUCCGAUCAGAUGGUUCCCUGAUCUUACAACCAUUUCAUUCAGACUCAUUUCGUCAAGAUAUUCAUCUUACAUCUUAUCGUUGUAUUGCCUACAAUAAAGUUGGAUCCAUAAUAUCACCAGAACUCCAUGUGAGAGCUGUAAUCAAGGAAGAUUAUUCAAUACAAAGCUCUGACGAAUUCGUGAUAAUGGGAAACUCAGGCCUUCUCCCAUGUACCAUUCCUCCAAUGGUGAAAGAUUUCGUAAAAGUGAUACAUUGGCAACGAAGUGAUGGAUUGAUUAUUACAGGGAAUCAUAAUCUUCCCUCAUCAGAAUCAAUGAAUCUUCUUGAUGAUGGAUCACUUUUAUUCGAUAAAGUUUCACUUGAUGAUACUCGGUGGAAAUAUCGAUGUACAGUUAAGGACAAAAUAACUGGUGAACAAAUUAACAGUUUAACUUGGUCCAAACUCGUAGUUACAGAUUCAACCAUGAAAUCAGCUCCUCGAUUAAUUGGUUCACUGAAAGACCAAUGGAUUCCGAUUGGUGCUGACCUUUCAGUGGGAUGUUUAUCAUCCGCUGAUCCUGCUCCAAGUUAUCAUUGGUUUCAUGAAGAAUCGUUCAAAAAUUCAGUCAACAAUUUGCUCAAACAUUCAUCACAAUCUUCAUCUGUAUCACCAUCAUCAAUAUCAACUUCUUCCUCUUCCAUGUUAAUUUCAAAUGGACCAAUGUUAUUUUUACGCUCUGUGCAAUUACACAAUGCUGGAGUCUAUGUUUGCCUGGUCAAUAAUAGUCUUGGUCAAGAUCGCCUUCGCUUUAAGCUCAAUAUUAUCGAACCAUUAUCUGUAUCAAUGAGACCUUCGCAGUUGUAUCGACGUCGAGAAGGUGAACCGGGAGUUAUUGAUUGUCUAAUUAAAUCAUCUUCGAAUCGUGAUCAUAGUUCAACUAAUUUAAAUAGUAACAAUUUGUUUACCUACGAAUGGUUCAAGGAUUCAAAGCCGAUUGCAUUUACAUCUCGAGUAUCAUUAACCUCAAGAAAUAAGCUGAGAAUUUUAUCAAUAGUUCGAGAAGAUCGUGGUAUGUACCAAUGUAUCGUUAGAUCCGAAGGAGCCUUAAGACAAACUGCAUUCGCAACACUUCAUCUUCAUAUUGAAGAGGAAUCACCAAGAAUGAUAACAACUUUCAAAAGUCAACUUUUGGAAGACGGUUACUCAUUAAGCCUUAAAUGCAGUGCCAACGGAAGUCCAUUACCGCAGAUCCGAUGGUCACUGUAUCAUAAAUUUAUUGAAAGUAGGGGAGGAAACGGGAAUCAUCGACCAUUAUCAUCGCCAAUGUCGAAGUUUUCAUUGUUGUCAUCAUCACGUUAUCGAAUCGGUGAUUAUGUUGAUUCUAAUGGACACAUUGUAUCAUUUCUCAAUGUUUCAUCGGUAUCACGAGAAGAAGGUGGACUUUACACUUGUACAGCUUAUAACGAGAUUGGAUCAAUUGCUCAUUCGGCUCCAAUAAGUAUCCUUGGUCCACCGAUGGUCCAUCCAAUAGAUAAUGUAACAAUCCUUUCAACUUCUCGCCUAUCAAUUGAUUGUCCAUUCUCAGGUCAUCCUAUUGAAACCAUAACAUGGAAAAAAAAUGGUCAUCCAUUGCCAAUAUCACGCCGAGUCUUUCGUCAUUCAAACGGGACACUACAAUUGGUUGACGUGCACACAGAUGACCAGGGAUGGUAUCGAUGUGAAGUAUCCAAUGGUCAGCAAACUGCUCAAGGUUCACUCUACGUUCAUAUAUUAGAGAAACCAGUGAUUAACCCUUUCAUGUUUGGUGCUGAUUUAACUGAGGGUAUGAGAGCUACAGUUGUUUGUAGUAUCUUAUCAGGUGAUCCACCGUUGACAUUUACCUGGCUGAAGGAGGGCCAACCUGUCACCUCUUUUCAUGAUGAUAUUGAUAUUUCAAGUUUCACUGAUUCUGAUUCAAGUUUCAGAAUUAAAUCAGUUAAAAGAUCACAUUCAGGAAAUUACACUUGUGUUGUUUCAUCUUCCAACAUUUCAUCUAAUUACACCGCUGAAAUGAUUGUCAAAGCACCUCCAAGGUGGGUGAUUAAACCUGAAGAGGGUCACUCUUUACUUAGAGGUCGAAAUGUCGUUAUCGAUUGUCAAACUGAUGGUUAUCCUCAACCAACUCACCAAUGGAAAAAGGUCAAGAAUGGUAUUAAACCUUUUGACCAUUCGGGACGGGAGUUGGUUGGAAUUGUUUCCGGUCCUCAUAUUCAAGUUCUCGAGAAUGGAUCAAUUUCAAUUGUUGGUAUUACCAAGGAAGAUGAUGGUGUUUACAUUUGUGAAUCAAGUAAUAAUGUUGGUCCACCUCUUUCAGUCACAACUCGACUGACCAUUAAUCAACCUGUAAGGUUUAACAAAAAUUUCGAGCUUAUUGAAGCGAACAGAGGUGAUCCCGUUAUUUUGGUGUGUACAGUUUUCGGUGAUGCACCAAUAACACUUUCAUGGAUUCGAGAUCGUGAAGCAGUUCUUCCCAUGACUGGACCAGGAAAUAAUAAUAUCAAAAUCGAGGAAGAGCGUACAGAAGAUUCGUUAACAAGUAAAGUUAUUCUAAGUUCGGUUGAUGUUACCGAUUCGGCGUUUUUUACCUGUCAAGCUCGCAAUGCUUUCGGUGCGGACGAGAAAAAUGUUCAACUCGUUGUCAGAGGCCCACCUGAACCACCAACGGGCCUCAAAGUGGGCGAAAUCAAAAGUCGAGCAGCUUCAUUGUCCUGGCUACCAACAGUUAACGGUAAUAGUCCGUUACUUGGAUACAUCGUUGAAUAUACAACAUCAAAUGAUACAUGGACCAAUUCUCUGGAGACAGCAUCCGUUGAUCCAAAAGAUUUGUCGAUUCUUAUUACAAGUUUAAUACCGGAAACUGUGUAUCGAUUACGAGUUAUUGCUCAGAAUGGUCUUGGUCGAAGUAAACCAAGUCAGGAAAUUAUCAUUCGCACUGAAGAAGAGGCUCCCAAUGAAGCUCCAGCCAAUGUAAGAGUCGAAGCAAUUAGUUCACGAUCAUUGAAAAUCUACUGGUCCAAUUUGGGUCGAACUAAAAGAGUCGAUGGUUAUCAUAUUGGAUUUCGAAAGGUUAACGGUUUUAAUUCGAUGAGAAGUUCAUUCGAUUUUGUAACGUUCAAUUUAAAUGAGACACUUAAAGGAUUCGAUGAACUUAAUUACAAUGUUACUGAUCUUAAACGUAACACGAAAUAUGGACUAAUUGUCCGUCCCUUUAAUAAAAAAGGGCUUGGAAUCGCUUCGGAAGAGGUUUACAGUCAAACUCUCGAGUAUGACCCUCCUGGUGAAGUUCUUGCUCGAGUAACUGGAGCGACUCAUAGAUCGUUAACCAUAAAAAUGGAAGGAGCUAAUCAAGAGAAUCCAAUAAGUGGCUAUAUUGUUAAUUAUAAAAGUAACACUGAAGAUUGGGAGGAGAUUAAAAUUCUUGGUACUCGAAAUAAUUUCGUUCUAGAAAAUUUAAGGUGUGGUACAAAGUAUUCGAUUUCAAUCACACCAUAUAAUAAAGCAGGUCCUUCGCCUGAUACUAAAAUGUUUCAUGCCACAACCUCUGGUAAUGUGCCUUCAUCUGGACCUUUGGAGUCUCUCUUAACGGUUAAUUCAACGUCCGCCUUAAUUGAUUUAAGUGCCUGGAGUGAAAAUGGUUGUCCCAUCAUAUCCUAUGUGGUUCAAUAUAAGCAACACUUUCAAACUGAUUGGAUUAUGUUUUCAAAUAAUAUUAUGCCUUCACAGGGGAAAUUGAUUAUUCCUGAUUUAAUACCUGCCACUUGGUACGAUUUACUGAUGAUCGCUAAUUCUGAGCCUGGAACGACCGAGGCUCAAUAUCUAUUUGCAACCUUAACGCAAAGUGGAGGUACAAUUCCACCACUUUCGUCAACUUCGUACUCGACUUGGGAAUUGAACUUUGGUGAUCCUGUUGUUUUAGCUCCGAUACUUUGUGCUUUCAUCGUAUUCGUGGUUAUAUUUAUCACGAUUGCAAUUCUAAUGUCAACUAAACACCAACGAACUGACGUUGUUCAGGAAACUUAUAAUAACAACGAACGAAAUAAAAUGGAAAGUCUAUCAAUGUCAUCUUUUGCUCUUCCAGUUGAGCCUUCGAAUACCGGGAAAAAAAGUUAUGAAACAGUUCAACGUAAACCAACCUAUGGAUCUUAUUAUACUUCACCUUAUGCUGCCAAUCGAUUGAACUUUUGUGAACAAGAGAUUCCACUAAAUCAUCAUGCUAUUCAGAGACACGCUCAGCUUGACAAUGAAUCUCAUUAUGAUGAUCUACUCACUCGAAAUUAUCGAUCAACAUCACCUGAUUUAUGAUAAAGAAAAGUUAAUUGAAUAAAAGUUUCAUCUAAUCACAACAAUCGAACAAAAACGAUUAUGAUAAUUUUAAAUUUGGACUUCGAAAUUUACAAAUGUACAAAAACGAAAAAAGGAAAUUUCAGUCCAUCAACUUAACGAAAUUUUGAAUAAAUUAUUGUACAAUUUUAAUGAUCAACAAAUUGAUUGCUAUCGAAAAGUAAUCAUUACUUGUGUAAUUAACUUUUGCUAUUUAUUUUUGUGUAACUUUGCUUUCUUUUUCAAUAAAUGCGAUCAAAUUUGACACAAUUGA